AUGUCUGCGACCUCGGUGAAAUGCAAGGAUCACUUUGAUAGAGGGGUGUCAAGCUUUCGCAAGGGUGAUCUUCAGAUUGCCUUGGGAUAUUUCACGCAGGCCAUCGAUUUGUCAAAAAAUCCAUCUGCUACACUCUACGACUCUCGAGCCGCUGUUCUUGAGAAACUGAGCCGUUUCAAAGAGGCCCUACAAGACUCGAAGAAGACUAUUGAUAUCGCUCCGAACCAGUGGCAGGGCUACGCUCGCUCUGCCAAUGUCUUUUUUCAACUCAAUAAAUAUUCUGCGGCCAUGAAGAUGUCGGUCUUAGCCAUCGAGCGUAUGAAGGACGAUCCAAAACUGACCACUAGACGAUCCGCCCUCGUGGACCUUCAGAAGAAACUUCGUGCGACGCAGGCUACGCCACACUCAGAAUCUUCGGCUCCACGACGGUCCACUGUACGUUCCUCAGAGAACAGCACACCUAUUCAUAACCUUCCUAUCGAACUCCUCACCGAAAUUUUCCAACUCGCUUCGUUCGAUGCUCCACCAGUACCCGUUCUUCUGUCGCAUGUAUGCAGUCACUGGCGCGCGGUCGCGCUUUCCCUCCCAUCGCUGUGGCGCGUUCUCAUCCUUUCGAAGAGCAAACCGACACAGAAAGCGAAGGCAUGGCUUCAAAGAUCGCAUGGCUGUAUACACGAGCUCUGCCUAAAGUCAGGUCUCUCACAAGGAAUGGUGGGGCCCAUCCAUGUCAUGAUGCAAUCUCUGGAUUUAGGCCGACAGGUCCUCGCGGAGUUGGAGAACUUGCAAUGGGAACGCCUGCGACAUUGUACGCUUGGUGAUCGCACAUCGUACACAUUCUUCAGCUCUCUUUGGGAGUCAGGAGUCGGGACGAACAUGCGGCAUUUACAGAGCCUGGACGUUGCGGAGUUGGGCGAGAGGUUGUGGCCACAGCGGCGACACUGGUUGCUACAAGACGAAGAGGACUCUGCCAUCGAUGCAGCCGAUGCUCCUCCUAAAUGCGAUCUGAGCCUUCGUUCUCUUACAAUGCGCGGCGCGGCACCCAAUUGGGACAUUAUGUUGCCACACGUCUGCAACCUCACCUCUCUCGAAUUGUACGACCAGCCUCGCGAAACGGAUCGUCUCCGAGACGCCAUGCAUAUCAAUCCGAACCUCGAGACGCUGGUCAUUCACGCCAAGACGUCUGCUCCGUUCCUGCGUCCUCCAGCGCCACCCUCCGUGCCGCCGAACGUCCUGCCCAUAUUGCACUGUCAAUUUCUCCAUCAUUUGGAACUCAGCGAUAUCACCGACACUUCAAAUGUCGGGCAGCUGAUCGACUUUCCAGCCCUUCGCACACUACGACUCUCCGGUUCGUCACCAGGUUUCGUUUCCCAGGCUCUCGCCCGAAAUCCCGCCGCUUCAUUAGUGCAUCUCGAGGAACUCAGCCUUCGACGAUGCUACUUCCUCUUGGACGACCUUAUCCGUACACUGUUGAAUGCUCCCUCCCUGCAUACCUUCUGUUUCUCGCAUUCGGUCCAGGACGUCAACGAGGUUGUCAAUGUCCUCACAGAACCACCUUCUGCGAAGUAUCACAUCUACAACCCAUCCGCUGCGCCUACUUCACCUCCAGACUUGCCUAUCACCUGUCCUUCUCUGCGACACGUCGAACUGACGCAGUGCGAGAGACUCGGGACAGGCCCACUCGUCAGGUUAGUCUCAUCGAGGAUGAGGCUCGCGGCAUCACAAUCGGCAGAUACGGUGGACACCGUUGAAGGCAUGGCCAAAAAACCUAUUGGACGCAUGGAGGUUUCCAAAAUUCAGACUCUGCUCGUGAAUGAGUGUCCUCGUAUCGAGGCGGAUUCGCUGCCUUGGUUUAGGAGUAGUGUGCCGACGUUUAGUUGCAGGUAUAUGUCGAAGAAAGAGGCGAGCAGGAAGAGAUGA